UCGGCCGCGGCGAAUCGGGCCGCUCACCUCCGUGCCGACCCCGUCCCCGCCGGCAAACCUCCUCCUCGGUCGACCUCCUACCCAGCCGACCUCGUCCCCAAGCAGAGCGGCGGCGUAGUUGCAGCGUCGAAGAUGAUCAUCCCUGUACGCUGCUUCACCUGCGGCAAGGUCAUCGGUAACAAGUGGGACCACUACCUCGAUCUUCUCCAGGCCGAUUACACGGAAGGGGAUGCUCUGGAUGCCUUGGGCUUGGUUCGCUACUGCUGCCGGCGUAUGCUCAUGACCCAUGUUGACCUUAUCGAGAAGUUGCUCAACUACAACACACUGGAGAAAACGGAGACAAGUUAAUUGAACUCAUCCUGUUGUGAAUCCCUCUUGUUCCUCUUCUCGAUGUGGGUGUGUGAGGUCCUAAUGUGAAGUUUGUUCGUUCCUGAAUGUCCAAGGAUUGUUAGUCUGACAAUGCGUUUCUACUUUAUGUAAUUUCCAGUACUAUUAACGAACAUAUGUAUGCACUAAUCCAGUACGAAACUUGUCAAGUUGUAAGCUUUGGAAUUAUAAAUCUGUGUUUUACGUUUCA